GGAUAAUUGCUUAAUAAACAGUUUUCCAGUUAACGCGAUUAACUGUAACCAUAAUUAUAUAUCGAACUUCGACCUUCGUCCAUGGCUGCGGGCUUCCGUGCGGCGGCACACCUGACGCGUCGGAUCAACAUUCGCUUGCAAGUGCUGAGGAGGAAUCGAACUCCGGGCAUAGAUGGGGCAGUUGCUUCUACUCUCUAAUCAUAUAUAGCCUACAUAUAUAGCAUCUGUUGAAACCCUAACCCCAAUUAGGGUUUCGAUUCUGGGUUUCGCUUCUCGAUUGCUUGUGGUUUCGUUUCUUUUUGCCCAUGUGAGUGGCCGAAUUUUUAAUCUCCUGAAGGAAUCGCACAAUCAGCGGUCAGUUACUGAUUUGGUUGCGCCGAACCGUCGCUUUCCACAAUGCGCAGCAAGGACAGAAUCUCGUAUUUCUACGACGGGGAUGUGGGGAAUGUAUAUUUCGGACCAAAUCACCCUAUGAAACCUCACCGAUUGUGUAUGACUCACCAUUUGGUUCUCGCGUAUGAUCUCCACAACAAGAUGGAAAUUUACAGGCCUCACAAAGCAUAUCCAGUGGAGUUAGCACAGUUCCAUUCCCCAGAUUAUGUUGAGUUUCUGCAGCGCAUCACUCCCAACACGCAGAAGUUAUUCGCCACUCAGAUGGCAAAAUAUAAUCUUGGAGAAGAUUGUCCAGUCUUUGACAAUCUUUUUGAGUUCUGCCAAAUAUAUGCUGGUGGUACGAUAGAUGCUGCACGGAGAUUGAAUAAUCGGCUCUGUGACAUUGCCAUCAAUUGGGCUGGUGGUUUGCAUCAUGCCAAGAAGUGUGAGGCAUCUGGAUUUUGUUACAUCAAUGACCUAGUUUUGGGAAUUUUGGAGCUUUUGAAGUAUCAUGCUCGUGUCCUGUAUAUUGAUAUUGAUGUGCAUCAUGGUGAUGGGGUUGAAGAAGCCUUUUAUUUCACUGAUAGGGUAAUGACGGUUAGUUUUCACAAGUACGGGGAUUUGUUCUUUCCUGGAACAGGUGACGUAAAGGAUGUGGGUGAAAGAGAAGGCAAAAAUUAUGCCAUUAAUGUCCCUCUGAAAGAUGGUAUAGAUGAUGCCAGCUUUCUACGUCUCUUUAAAACGAUUAUUAUGAAAGUUGUGGAGUGCUAUGCACCGGGAGCUAUUGUCCUCCAGUGUGGAGCAGAUUCACUUGCUGGGGACCGUUUGGGAUGCUUUAAUCUUUCCAUUGAUGGGCAUGCUGCUUGUGUCAAGUUUGUCAAGCAACUCAAUUUGCCUUUGCUGGUAACUGGAGGUGGUGGAUACACUAAAGAGAAUGUUGCCAGGUGUUGGACUGUAGAGACAGGAGUCCUUUUGGAUGCGGAGCUCCCUAAUGAGAUCCCGGAAAACGAUUACAUCAAAUAUUUCGCUCCAGAUUUCUCCUUGAAAUGUCCUAGCGGACUUAUGGAGAAUUUAAAUAGUAAGUCGUACAUUAACACAAUCAGACAGCAAGUAUGCGAAAAUCUUAGUUCCAUUCAACAUGCACCUGGUGUACAAAUGCAAGAGGUUCCACCAGAUUUUUAUAUACCUGAUUUUGACGACGAUGAGCAGAAUCCUGACGAACGGGUAACCCGACAAGUGCAAGACAAGCAAAUCCAGCGGGACGAUGAAUAUUAUGAUAAUGACAACGAUCAUGAUAAUAAUGCUAUGGAUGAAUCCUAGGAAUUUUGGUGGUUUUCUUUUCAUUCAAAACGUUAUUCUGCCUGCUUCAAAUGUGUAUAAAUCUGAUUUUUUUACGAUUCACUACUUGGCUUGUCAAUUGUCAUACGUAAUACCAUAGCAAAAUUUUUAAUUAUA